AUGAAAUGGGGAGGCGAAUGGCCAUCUUUUCCCAGAGUGAGAAACUGGGUCAAUGAAGAAUGGGGUAACCACUUUGAGAUAAAAACUCUUACUAAUGGGUUUUUUCUUAUCAUUGCUAGUUCGGCUGAGGAGAAGACUGCUCUGAUGGAGUCGGGGCCAUUUUUGAUGUCAAGAGUUGGUUUUUAUAUAAGGGAUUGGACCCCUAAUUUCGAUCCAAGACAAGCUACUAUUGAGGAAAUUCCUGUGUGGAUAAGACUGUACAAUCUCCCUCAUGAGUAUUGGAAGGAGGAAAUCUUUAAGAGUGUAGGGGAGAAAAUAGGGAGAUUUAUCAAGUCAGAUGAAGCGGUUGAUAAGCUCAGUUCAUGCAUGUAUGCACAGAUCUGUGUUAUGUGGAAGCCGCAUCUUGGGUUACCAAAGGUUGUUGAAAUGAGGUCUCCAGAAGGAGUUUGGAGACAAGAUAUAGAAAUCAAAGAAAUCAUAGUCAAAUGUAAGAUUUGUAAAGAAUGGGGCCAUGAGGAUCGAGACUGUUUGUCGGGUCAAAAGGGUAAAGGAAAGGCAGAUCAUGCUUUGGAGGAGAAGCUAUUAGUUGGUGUGGUUGUAGAUCAGAGCUUGGGAAACAUCAAUCUGAGUUUUGUAUCGGAGGCCGCAAGCGAUGAGGUCAUUCGCCUUUGCUCAGAUAUUCAAGUAGGGGUGGAAGAACUUUCUGACUCCAACCCAGGCUAG